AUGUGGACUACUCGAUUCGUUCUUUUCCUUUCUCUUGCUGUGCAAUAUGCACAGGGCUACAACUUCGAGUCGUCGGGAUUGAGCACGCGACAGUCAGCUGUGCCGGAUUUGUCGAAAUGUUCGGCGUCAUGUCUGGCCGAAGCCAUGCCAGUAUCAGGCUGCAACGCUACCGAUGCAGCAUGUCUAUGUACCAGCAUGCCAUUCGCAAAAGCCACCACUGCUUGCUUGACGGCCAACUGCACAGUCAUUGAGCAGCUCGAGACCAGGCGAUACUCUGCAGUGACCUGCAAUGAGCCAGUUCGAAACCAAGGCGAUCUGACCAAGUCACUCAUCUGGGUAUUCUUCUCAGUCGCCGGGUUCGGUAUCCUUGCGCGUGGUCUCUCUCGAAUGAAAUCACUCAGUGGGACUGGAUAUGGCUGGGACGACCUCGUGAUCCUCAUCAGCUUUCUCAUCCUGAUUCCAUCCGACGCUAUCUUGCACCACAUGGUCGACCUAGGAUUGGGACAAGACAUCUGGAUGGUCGCUAAGAACCCGGACGACAUCAGCAUGAUCCUCUACUGGUUCUACAUCUCCGAGUUCACCUACGUGGCACUCCAAUCCAGCACCAAGAUCGCGAUCCUGCUGCUCUAUCUACGCAUGUGGCCUUACACUGGAGCUUCCGAUGAGCCUAGAUGGUUCCGCACAUCGUGCAAGGUCCUCAUCGUGAUUCUGAUGGCUUACGCCGCGCUUCUCAUCGUGGUUCUUGGUCUUCAGUGCCAGCCUAUUUCCUUUAGCUGGCUCAAGUGGGACGGCAUGCACGCGGGCUACUGCAUCGACGUCAACGUUCUCAUCUUCGCCACCUCCGGUUGCAACAUUUUCUUCGACAUCACAGUCAUCCUCCUACCAGUCCCACGUCUCCUGUCACUCUCGAUCGCCACCCGCAAGAAGAUGGCAGUGGUCACAACCUUCCUCAUCGGUCUCUUCGUCACCUUCUGCAGCAUUAUCCGGCUCCGCUCUCUCGCAGUCUGGGGUAGCGCGCCAAAUGUCACAUACCUUUACAACCCCAUCGCAAUCUGGUCCAACCUUGAGAUCAACCUUGGAGUGCUCUGCGCUUGCUUCCCAGCCAUUACUGGACUUAUGCAGAGACUGUACACUAUCAUGACAGGCCACAAAUUCACGACUGGCCAUCGAUCUGCUAUGGAGCGCAGCCACGUGGACCCCAGAGAAAACGUCCACGACCGCCACUACGAGCUGGAAUCGAAGUCUCCGAUCACGACCGGUCACUCUUCCGCUGACAGUAACAAUGCAUCAUAUCACCCAGUCCACGAACAACAAACGCAAGCCGCAACACGCUGGUCCCCUGACGGAACUGUCAAAUACUACGGUGCCGAGGCGCCUAUGCAACAACAGGCAUCUGUCGUCGAUGUCUCGCGGAAUGGUUCGAUCGCAGAUGUCUCGAGGAAUAUAUCUAUCGCAGAGGUCAACAGAAAUACCGCAAGGACUGGAGCUAGUGGCCACAGGCCGCAGAGCAAGCCUCUCCCAAACAUCCAUGUGGACGAUCACGAUGAGAUUGAUGACGAGAGGCCUUCGCCAGUGCUGCCAACGACGUUCCCAAAAAGUGAGCAUGAUAGUGCACAGCAGAUGAUUGAUGCAGGGUACUCUGCCUUUUCGACGCUGAAGGGUUCGAGGUAG